UCCUUGAUCCCGCAGAUUGCAGCAAAUUAAGCACCAUCCACUGUUCUGCCUUGGUUUGAAUAUGCUAAUACCUUGGAAAAUUUCAUUAGGCCUCCUUCAAGCUCGAUGCAUGAUAUGAAUGACACGGAAUUACUAUGGAGAGCUUCAUUUGUUCCUCGGAUCAAGGAGUAUCCUUUCAGGAGAGUCCCAAAAAUUGCCUUCAUGUUCUUGAGCAAGGGGCCACUGCCAAUGGCUCCUCUCUGGGACAGAUUCUUCAAGGAGCAUGAAGGGCUUUACUCCAUAUAUGUCCAUGCACUGCCAUCCUACACUGGUGGGUACCCAACAUCAUCAGUUUUUUUCAGGAGACAAAUCCCAAGUCAAAUUGUUGAGUGGGGAAAGAUGAGUAUGUGCGAGGCAGAGAGAAGACUCCUCGCCAAUGCAUUGCUCGACAUCUCAAAUGAAUGGUUCAUUCUCCUAUCCGAGUCUUGCAUUCCACUGUUCAAUUUCAGUGUAAUCUAUCACUACAUAUCAAGAUCAAAACACAGCUUUAUGGGCUCGUUCGACGAACUCGGACCCCACGGGAGAAAACGAUACAUUAAACGCAUGCAACCAGAGGUCACACUUAGCCAAUGGCGUAAAGGGUCCCAAUGGUUCAAAGUUAACCGAAAGCUUGCAAUUGAUAUAAUUAAAGACGCCACUUAUUACCCCAAGUUCAAGAAAUUCUGCCUUCGUGGUUGUUAUGUCGACGAGCACUAUUUCCCGACAAUGCUGACGAUUCAAUCGCCUCAUCUCUUGGCGAACAGGACCCUUACUUGGACCGAGUGGUCAAGGGGCGGCGCUCAUCCGGCCACAUUCGGGAAAGCUGAUAUUACCAAAGGCUUCCUCAAGAGAAUUUUUGAAGGUCAAUCCUGCUUAUAUAAUGACCAGUCAUCUACUAUUUGCUAUCUUUUUGCAAGGAAGUUUGCUCCAAGUGCCUUGGAUCCUUUGUUAGGGUUGGCAUCCGAAGUUUUUGGGUAUUGAUAAGGUUUAGCAUCCAGAG